AGAUGGCGACACUUGGUAGCUAUAUCGUCAAGCCAGUUAGCUUCACACAAUCAUAGCAUCGAUACUGUCGCGUUUUCAUAAUAUUUGUUGCCAGACGUGAAAGCAGUGAAUGAUGUCGAGUGAACACGACGAAUAUGAAAGCGGCGAUGCGCCGUCACCGAAGCACAGCAACGCCAGUAACCAGUCUGGACCCGGGGGAAGUCCGUACCUUAGAAAACCAAACAUUCCAGUGGAUGAACGAGUCGCCCAACUCCUGACACGAUCUGAAAAUCAUCCCGCAUAUGUGCUGCCAUCUAGAGGACAUCAUGGUGGAGACGACGACAGAGACAGUGAUAAAGGCAGAAUUAGCGACUCUAUAGGCCAAGAUAAGGUAAAUCAAGGCAGCACACAUCUUGGGGAGAAGAGAAAGAGCGACGGCGGCAGUGAUGGUGUGCCGGAAGAGAAAAAGUCGAAGCUUCAAGCUGCCGAUCAUGCGACAAAGGCAGCUGCACAGAAGAAGCCAUUACCCGGCAUUUCCAUGAAGUUAGGAGGCCAGAAGCCAAAAGAGCAAGACACCACACUAAAGAAAUCUCAGACUGUUGCAAGUGUUUUUGGAGGAGAUGACUCCAGUGAUGAGGAGGAGGAAAUGCCUCGCGAAGCCCGGAUGCGGAUGAAGAACAUUGGCAGGAACACACCAACGUCAGCCGGUCCAAACUCCUUCAAUAAGGGUCGCAUCGGAUUCUCGGACAACGCCAGGCUUUCCGCGAGAAAGUUGAAAGAAGCUGCCGACAAGGCAGAGGCAGGAGACUAAUGUUUAUAGUUGCCGUGGAAACGGCAGUGUGCUAAUGAGCGGUUACUCGGUUAGCCGCUGAAGGUGAUGCUUAGCUAUCGUUUGUUUAGCUAUCAGAUAUGUGCAUUGUAGAUUCCUUCCAUUGCCAUCUGUUGCACAUCAAGGGCAAGAGUCAUUCCAUUUCGGCGUUGUGACGGCUUAUGCGAAUUCAGGCCUGUGCAGGUCGCGAAGUUCGUUAUUUUACGGUUAAUUUCUAAAGCUAAAUUACUCCAUUCCUUGUUAUUUGGCAUUUAAGAGCAUCAACUGAUGCAACGUCGUUAUGAUAAUGCACAAACAACCUGUUUUUACCCUUUAAUUUACUGUUGACAACUAUAUUGAAACAUAUGUAAAUUCCAAGUGUAAAUGUAUGUUAACGAAGUGUCAUGUUAAUGCACACGUGCUCCAGGUUGUUACCAUGGAAACAGCCUGCACCUUGGUCAUGCUUCAUACCAACUUCUUCAUCUCCAUCUGUUUCAUUUUGAUGACUCAUGCAGACACUUCGGGUAAAACUGCCUUUUGAAAUCAAUUGUCUUCGAUUUAACAUGUUGCAUGUGCCUACUGUGGCUGUGAGUAGAAAGACAUUGUUAUGUAUUGCCCAGCAUUUCACACGUUCGUGCUAUUUAUGUCAUUCAUCCAUUUUCUAAUGGUGUAACGUGUUUAUGGAUGCACAGCGUACGACACAGCCCGUGUUACUGGUGUUAGUCACUGCUUCAUGGCACAUUUAGACUCAUAGUAUAGCAUCUGGGGAAGGUUUCUCAACUGCAUGAAAUAUAGUCAAGUAGGUCAUGUUAUUUAUGUUAAAGCUGCACUCUCACUACAUUGAACAACUGCCCAGAAAGCAUGCGGCAUAUACCCGCAGACACCGAUGACAAAUUUCAUCUCUCGAUUGAUUUAUCGGGAGUAUCAUGGAUUGGUAUGCACACUCAGAGUGUGUCAAACAACUUGAGAACUACCCAGCCUAGAUAACAGUGGAAUAUUUAAAAUUUAAAUGGUCUCUGUCCCAUCGGGGGACCAAGAGGAUAAGACUAAGAUUUGAAAUGUCUAAUUAUAGACAGUGAAUCAGAAAAACGUUUGUAGUGAAGGGUGUAUAUUUUUGUACUUGAUUUGGCACAAUAGGCGUUGCAUCGUUUAGGUGGCCGUUUGAUCUGGUAGUAUUAAACCACAAGGCUUUAAUAAUUUUAUGAUAGAAUUAGGAUAGCUACUAAGCUCCCGUUUACGAAUGAUUGUGUACACUUGUAACAGAGUUCCUGAUGCAGCAAUUCCGUUAAUAAUCUGGUAUUGGAAGGUUAAUGCAAACAUAAAUAGGUUAUAGAACAUCAGGAUAAACUAUAUAUCGGUAGUACGAGUGUGUCAACGUGGAACCAGGCAUGUCGUAAUCUCAGGACGCAGGUAAAUGUAUUGUAGGUGCUCCUGGAAUAUUGCACUCACUCUGAUGUGAAUAUAAAUUGCUAUUAAAAAAAAGAUUAAUUACGAUUAUAAUCGUUUAUUUCCAAUCAAUUUAAUCUAACUACAUAUCUGUAGUUAUUAUAUAUAUGAUAUCUCAUAUUGGAUGAUACUUGUGUAUAUAGUUAAACAUGAAUGGCACCUAUAAUAGUUUUAAGCAGUAACACGAUUGAUUCAAUGUGAAAUGACUUUAGCAAUAACAUAUUCAUGUUAAUAUGGGUGUGAGACAAAUGUAUAUUCCCACAACGAUAUACAGCGUGUAAUUAUACAUGUUGAACUAUAUUGAAUGAAAUAUAUAAAUAACUUCCAGUAAAGAGAAAAAUGCAUCUACGCAUUUGUAAGAAGUUUGGAAGAAUAUGAGUAUACUAUUUGCUAUGUACAACAAUAUUGUACAAUAAAUAACAAUAACCUUU